AUGAAUAGGAUCGAUUACAGCGAGAAGUACGUGGAUGGUUCAUUCGAAUACAGGCACGUCAUCCUUCCCAAGGAGACCGCCAAGAUCUUGCCACAGUCGCGCCUCCUGACCGAGGACGAAUGGAGGAACCUGGGCGUGCAGCAAAGCCGUGGCUGGCAGCACUACGCCGUACAUACGCCGGAGCCGCACAUCCUCUUGUUCCGGAGGCCUUUGGGGACCAACCCGGUAACGGGAAGGGUCGACCCAAAGCUUGAGCGCGAGGCGAAAGAGAAGUACGCGGAGGAACUCUCGGAUGGCAUC